AUGAAGUCUAUCGCCCAUAAGUCAUCCUUACUGCUGCUGAUCGCCGUGCUGUUGCUGAGCAGCUGUCAGGCGCAGCCCGUGAAUGCCGAGGCACGUGAACAGCGACAGCUGAAGUCUAGCCCGGCAGCUGCUGCGGAGGCGGAUGUCAAGAUGCUGGCAGCGAGCACGGCCAAUAUGACGCCUGCUUCCAUGCCCAUGGCCGGCAUGAUGGCCAUGAGUCCCAUGGCACUGGGCGGAGGCAUCAACAUGCAGCUGGCACAGUAUCCCGGCUAUCAGGCCGGCAUGAUGCCAUUCCUGGGCCUAAGCGGACUGGCUGGAACUGGUCUGCAGACGAGCAUUGCCAGCGGCUAUCCGGGCGAACCAGGCAUGGGCUUCGGUCUGGGCGCAGGCGCUGGCACCAACCCUGGCUUCGGACUAGGCGCGCCCACAGCUGGCUUCGGCCUGGGCGCAUCCACAGCUGGCUUCGGCCUGGGCGCACCCACAGCUGGCUUCAUGUACGGCAAUCCCUUGUACGCAAAUCCCCAACUGGGCGCCGGCUUUGGCCCACAGCCCACGCUGGACAACUUUGCGGCGCUGAACAACAUCAUCAAUAUGCAGGCCGGAGGACUAUAUGGUCAGGUGGCUGCCGGGCCACUGCCCAGCUACUUUGGAGGCAUGGCCGCAGGCGUCGAUGGAGGCAACGGGCUGCUGGAGCGUAUGAAAUUGCGCAGCUAUGCGCCCGGCUUCUAA